UAUCAUAUAAUAUCAUUCAUCUACGUUUCCUCAAAUGACCUUCACACACGCAUUGCACACACAUAUAAUCAAAUAUCUUCACUACAUUACGUAGCAGCAUUCAAUUCAAUUUUAUUUUAUUCACACCACCUCUGUCAAACCAUUGUUUCCUUUCACUUUUCCCAGAUGAGAUAGAUACGGAGAAUCUAAUGCCAAUCCCAUCAUCCAAUGGCAUUAUAGUCCCCUGAAACUGAAAGCCUCCAUACCCCCACUUGCAAGUGCAUACAUGUAACAUGUCUCUCCCUAUAAAAACCACAUUGCAAUUGUGCACUUUUGUUGUGCUAGUGCAUUCUUCUACUCACUUCUCAGCUAUGUCCGUGGUUCCUUGCAAUUGUAGCCACACCACUGAAAAACAUACCUCUGAGGGUGAAGGUGAAAGCUUUCACAAGUUUUUUGAGUGCUGGAUUUUUGAGCAAAACCAACAUCUGAAGGAACUUUUAACUGCUGAAUCAACUCAGCUAACAGAUGAGCAACUUGAGGCAGUGAAUGAUAGGGUGAUGGAGCAUUAUGAGUGCUACUACAAGGCCAAGUCAAGGAGUGCAAAGCAAGAUGUGUUGAGCAUGUUGUCCCCAACAUGGACAAGUUCCUUGGAGGAGGCUUUUCUUUGGAUUGGUGGAUGGAGACCAAGCAUGGCCUUUCACCUACUAUAUUCCAAGUCUGGUUUGCAAUUUGAGGCCAGGCUUGGUGAACUGAUCCAGGGUCUAAGAACACAUGAUUUGGGAGACUUAUCAGCAUCACAACUUGCUCAGUUUGAUGAGAUGCAAAGGAGGACCAUCUUGGAGGAGAGGGAGAUCAGUGAUUUGAUGGCAAGGCACCAGGAGUCAGUGGCUGAUGCCUCAAUGGUGGAGUUGUCUCAUGUGGUUUCUGAGAUGAUCAGAGCCAAUGAAACAGGAGAGGUUGAUGAGAAGAAGGAAAUUGAGGACAGGGUUGAGUCAGCUUUGGUGCCAAAGGAGGAAGGUUUGGAGAUGAUCCUGCAGAAAGCUGACGAGCUGAGGUUGAGAACACUGAAGGCAAUUGUUUGUGUUUUGGCUCCAAAACAGGCCAUUCACUUCUUGAUUGCUGCUGCAGAGUUGCACCUGAGGCUACAUGAGUGGGGCAAGAAGAUGGAUGCCAGAAAGGGUAAUCUUGGUUUUGGUGAGACUAAAACCCAUGGUUCAUCAAGUUGAAGAUAGCAUCACUUGGACUGGAAUCAAUCAAAGUGAAGCCUUGAAUUUUAUAUUUCUGUAAUAAUUCAGAACAUGUUGAAGAAAAAUAUAACAUGAAUAGGAUAUAUUUUUCUAGGCAGGAAUUAUAUCAAAUCAGAUCAUUUCUAU